AUGCCACUGCAGCGCAUCCCGAACUCGUCAGCUACAGGAUCGCCGACAGGCGCACUCAACCGUCUCCUGGUCGCAAUCGUCCUUCUCGGGAAGCUGCUGCUGGGCACAUGCCCGGCCGACGCCGUACAUUCCACCUCCUUCAGCCUCCGUCAUCUUCACGCCACAGACAACUCCACCCCGCCAAUCCCCGCCAACAUCUCCCAAAGCCCUCCCGCCGCAACCGCCGCCACUGACGCUACCUGCAACUGCCUAGGAAGCUGUUGCUGCCUCUUCCUCCCUUCACAGUACGCCAAUGACACCGCAAGCGCACACUCCUGCAGUCCUUGGAUUUACGCCGCCGCGCAGCUGGCAGCAGCAGAUGCCUCGGCUGUGUGCGCAGCGGCGAUGGGGAUGGGUACACAGCCGCUGGCGCAGCAGUCGUGGCGCAGGCAAACCAACGUCGCCGCAGGCACCGUCAACACGCUGGAUCUAUCCGGCCCCGCCGGGCCAUCAUGGAGCUUAUCCAAUGCCAACGGUAGCGUGACACUGGGGUCGGUGGCGGUGCCCGGCUACGCGCUUGCGGCGCUGUGGGACGCCGGUCUGUUGGGGGCACCCGCCGGGGAUCGCAAGAGCGACCCGCUGUACAGGUUCAAUGAACUUGAGUUUCGCUGGGUUGCGAUGGACACUUGGACGUUCUCCACGACCUUCACGCUGCCGCCGACACCCGGUACGGCAGCGGCGCCGGCUGCGGAAGGCGCCGGUGGCGGCGCCGGCGGCGGCGGGGUGGUGGGCGCCGACGGCUGCGGGUGGGAUCUGGUCCUGGAUGGGGUGGAUACGGUGGCGGAUGUACUGCUCAACGGUCAGAUGCUGUCCCAGCUCAAGAACUUUCACAGAUCGUACCGACUGGACGUACGGCAAAUACUACAGGCGGCGGACCAAGAUGCCAACAAUUUGUCCAUCGUCAUACACCCGGCGGUGCCGUACAUACGACAGAAAGCGGCAGCCUAUCCGUACCCACUGCCGUCCAAUACGGCUCCGGGCUCUUUCGGCCAAUUCGCCUUCGUACGCAAGCCAGCAUCCGAUAUGGGUUGGGAUUGGGGACCCGCAUUCGCACCCGCUGGCGUACACGGCGCCGUACGGCUGGUGCGGUACUGCGCGCCGUACAUGACAGGGCUUCACGUGGUACAGCAAGUGCAUCGUACAUCCCCCCCCGGCGGCGCCGCCGACGACGACGGCGACGGCGCCCGAAGCGGCGGCGACGGCGGCGGCAACGAUUCGCAAUCCGGUGCGAUCAGCCUGGUGCUGGAGGCUGAGUCGCAGGAACAGCAACUCGACAUGGGGGCAUCAUCACCGCCGGGAUCGUCGGCGAACGACUUCGAAGCGGCAGCGUCGAUCCCAGCGGCAGCGACGGUGGUGAUUGAGCUUUGGGAUCCGUACGGUGACGGCGACGGCGGCGGCAGCGACGACGGAUCGCGGCGCGUCCUGGGCCGGGUUGAGGAACCCCUAGGUCAGCAGUCCCCUGGGAUAACUGUCGGAGGGACACAGUUCGUGCGGCUGCAGAUGGACCUGGACGCCACGGCGGUACGGCUGUGGUGGCCAGUGGGUUUCGGAGCCCAACCGCUGUACACCCUGGCAGGAUGGGUGCAACAACAGCAACAAGGCCAACAAGAACCAGAAGAACAACCACAACCGCCAUCGCCACUGCCAGGUGGACAGCAGCAGCAGCAGCAGCAGCAGCAGCAACAGGCUCCCCGCUCUGAGGAGAAGCUGCUGCAGGCGGAGGCGGGCACUGGCGCAAAUUGGGACACGGCAGUGGGAAGCAGCGGCGGCGGUGGUUCGGGCUGGCGCACGGCUUUUGGCGGCCAACGUCAACCGCACAUUCGUAGACGUGUGGGGUUUCGUACAGUGGAGCUCGUGACGGUGCCGCUGGAUGACGUCAUGGCAGAGUUGGUCGACUUAGGAUCCGGCACCGAAACCAAAGGCGGGACGACUGGAACUGGGUCAGUCAACACAUCGGGCCCCCCGGGCCGCCCCCCCGGCUCCGCGACAUCUUCAUUCCCGCAAGCUCCAAAUGAGACGUUUUUCCUGCGGGUCAACGGCCAACCGUUAUUCGCUCGAGGUGCCAACGUGAUACCGCUCCACAUAUUACACACAAUGACACCCACCAUCGCAAGAAGCAGCGCCAACAGCAGCAGCAGCAGCGCCAACGGCACAGACCCAUGGGACGUUGGGAGGGCGAAGAAGGAGCAGCAGGAGGGGAUAGCUGGGCUGCUGGCGGCGGCACUGGGGUCGGGAAUGAACAUGUUGCGAGUGUGGGGUGGCGGGCGUUACCAAUUGGACGAGCUGUACGACAUGGCUGACGGCGCGGGUUUGCUGAUAUGGCAGGAGUUUAUGUUCGCGUGCAACCCCUAUCCCAACACGCUGGACAUGAAUGCAGAGGUACAGCAUGAGGCUGCGGAGCAAGUACGGCGUCUGGCCGGGCACCCGUCAAUUGCAAUUUGGGGCGGGAACAACGAGGUUGAGACAAGCUUCGACUGGUUUGACGAGACACGGGCCAACAGGCCGCUCUACGUCGCGGACUUUGUGGCGCAAUUCGUGGAGCUUUUAGGGGGUGUACUGCAGCAGUUGGACCCCGGUCGACCUUACGUGGACAGCUCUCCCUCCUCGGGGCUGUACUCCCGGCUGCCGUACAUCAAGCGCUGGGGCAACGCUGGGGAUCAAGCCGCCGGUGAUGUGCACUACUACAACUAUAAGGACGACUGCUUGGAUCCAGGCAUCUAUCCCAUGGCCCGCUUCGUGUCUGAGUACGGCUACCAGAGCUUCGCGUCGUACGAGGUGAUACGGCAGUACGGUGAGCCGUCGGACUUUAUGCCUCUGUCCGAGUUCAUGAGACACAGGCAGCGCCACCCCAACGGGGAGGCCGAGCUCAUUGCCUCGCUGACGUCACACUUCCGUCAGCCGCCCGGGGGGUGGGCACCCGGGGGCGGCGGCGGCGGCGUGUCCUCUGCCGCGGCUGCAGUGGCGGCGGCGGCGGCGAUGGCCAGGGCGGCGAGGGCGGCCAGGGCAGCGAUGGUAGGCAAGCAGCUGCAACAGCAACAGCAACAGCAGCAGCAACAGCAGCAGCAGCAGCAACAGCAGCAGCAACAGCAGGAUGAGGCGAACAACACAAAGGUCGAUCCAUUGCACCUGUACAAGGCAUGGAUAUAUCAAUUGCAGACUCAGCAAGCGCUGUGUUACUCAACCGCAAUCGGCCGCUGGCGUUCACUUCGCUCCGACCCACGGGUCAUGUCCAUGGGAGUGCUGUACUGGCAACUCAAUGACAUCUGGCCCGGAUACAGCUGGUCCUCCCUGGACUACGGCGGCAGUUGGAAACCGUUGCACUCGAUUGUACGGCGGACGUUUGCGCCUGUGACGAUUGUGGCGUCGUAUUAUAAGCGUCGGAGCGGAAAUGUCACGGCGUACGUCAUCAACGACGGACCGCAAGAGGUUGCCGUACAGCUCAUCGUGACGGUUAUCUCCCUGGCGCCAUGCCCUGCUGUCGCUGGCGGCGGCGGCGGCGUUGCCGCCAAUACCAGCCGUACUACCGGGGGCGGCGGCGGCGGCGGCAGUGUCUCGGGCAGCGGUGGUGGCUGCAGCGGCGACGCGGCGGGGGAGGCGCGG